AUGCGGCGGUGCGGCCCGAGCCAUGUGGUACAUCAUGCAGAGCAUCCAGAGCAAGUAUUCGCUGUCCGAGCGCCUCAUCCGCACCAUCGCCGCGAUUCGCUCCUUCCCUCGGGACAACGUGGAGGAUCUCAUCGGCCGGGUGAGGGCGAAUUCCUGACGCGGCGGGGGGGUUCCUGUGCUCCCCAGGGCGCCGAUGUGAACUGCCUACACGGCACCCUGAAGCCCCUGCACUGUGCCUGCAUGGUGGCUGAUGCUGACUGUGUGGAACUGCUGCUGCAGAAAGGAGCCGAGGUGAAUGCCUUGGACGGCUACAACCGCACAGCCCUCCAUUAUGCUGCAGAGAAGGACGAAACCUGCGUGGAAAUUCUGUUGGAAUACGGCGCCAACCCCAAUGCCCUGGAUGGCAACAAGGACACGCCRCUGCACUGGGCGGCCUUCAAGAACAACGCUGAGUGUGCCCGGGCCCUGCUGGCCAAYGGUGCCCUGGUCGAUGCCCGAGAUUACAACAACGACACCCCCCUGAGCUGGGCGGCCAUGAAGGGAAACCUGGAGAGCGUCAGCGUCCUGCUGGACUUUGGCGCCGAGGUGCGCGUUGUCAACCUCAAGGGCCAAAGCCCCGUCUCGCGCCUGGUGGCGCUGCUGGUGCGGGGCCUGGGCACGGAGCGYGAGGAUUCCUGCCUGGAGCUGCUGCACAAGGCCACGGGACACUUUGAGCUAAGGAAGAAUGGCAGCAUGCCCUGGGAGGURGCCCGGGACCCGCAGCUGUGCGAGAAGCUGACGCUGCUGUGCUCGGCRCCGGGGACGCUACAGGCGCUGUCGCGCUGUGCCGUACGCCGCUCGCUCGGUCCGCGCUUCCUGCCCCAGGCCGUGCAGCAGCUGCCGCUGCCUGCCUGCCUCAAGGAGUACCUGCUGCUGCUCACCUGAGGGAGGCAUAAUUCCCUGAAUUUCCUUGCUGUUUCUUCCUGGGAGAGGUUCCUCUCCUCAGUUUUUCUCCCACUCUGCCUAGCUGGGACCCUGCUGGCUCCUCAUGCCCCCUUCAUUUUCUUCCCCAUCCCCCCACCUCCAUUUCUUCCUUUCUAGUCCCUCUUUCUGUCCCCUCCAUUUCCUCCCCCUGUGCCCUCCCUUUCCUCCUGCAAUGAACUGUCUCCCUCUGAUGACAAAUUAUAUCCUGGCUAUUGGAUUAACCUGGGUUUUCUCACUUUUUUGGGKUUUUUUUCCUUGGSAAAGGAAGGAUUUCAAGGAAAAAUCUCGUUUUACAAAGGGCCUGAGGCAGGAAAUGGAAGGGUUUGGAUGCAGAGAAAUCCUGUGGCAAGUGUUGACUUGGAAAGCCAAGUUGCAUCCAGGGGUUUCUCCAGCGUGGAAAAGUGCAGUUUUUCCUGGAUGUCCAUAAUUUUUAUGCUGUACUGAAGGUGAAACCACCUUAAACACCAAAAGCUAGCGGGGCUGAAGUUCUUGUGGGCCAAGGAAAUGUUCCUCUCCUUCUCCAGAGAGCUCCACGUGGAGCUGAGGGGUUUGCCACCAGGAAUUCACCCUUUGGUGUUGAUUUUGGGGAUCCUAUUCCAGGAUCCACCAGAAGAGCAGCUCUCCCAAGAUGAAACCAAGCAGUUACAAACAGUCAUUAUUAUUUUCUGGGACGAGUUUGAGGAAGAAAACUCAAAUUCCAUCUCUUUUCUCCCUCCUUGUUGUGCUGGGCAGCUAAAUCCUGAGGGCUAGGGGGGUUUGGGGUCAGUGGGGUCCAGUUUGRUUUUCCCAUGCAUUCAUAGAGGCCUGCAGCAUUUGGAUGGGCAAUGAAUUUAUUGAAACAUC